AUGAAGCACCCCCAAGAUUCUGUGCAGGAGCACUCCCUUGAGGAUCCCGAGUCCUUUUGGUCCCAUCAUGCCAAGUCCCUCCACUGGCAUAAACAACCAUCCAGUGCACUCAAGCACUCUACCAAGCAAAUAGUCCUCAAAGGAAACAAAGGCACUGCCAGUCAUGACCAUUGGAGCUGGUUUCCUGAUGGCAUGAUCUCGACGACCUACAACUGUGUUGAUCGACAUGUUGAGAAUGGCAAUGGAGAUAAUGUGGCCAUUGUAUGGGAGUCGGCCGUGACUGGCGAAAGCGAAAAGUAUACAUAUCGCCAAUUGCAAGACGAAGUCGAAAUUCUGGCGGGUGUGUUGAGAGAGGAAGGUGUUCGAAAGGGCGAUGUUGUCAUCAUUUACAUGCCCAUGAUUCCCGCAGCUCUCAUUGCAGCACUCGCCAUUGUACGUCUAGGAGCCAUCCAUGCCGCCGUCUUUGGCGGCUUCGCAUCAGCAUCCCUCGCCCAGAGGAUCGAAGACGCGAAACCACGAGCCAUAAUGACUGCAUCAUGUGGCAUUGAAGGCUCCAAAGGCCCUAUUCCUUACAGGCCACUUGUCGAAGGAGCCAUUACGCUAUCGAAAUUCAAACCAGAGAAAGUGAUUAUAUGGCAGCGAGAUCAACUACGGUGGAAUCAUCCGGACAAGGUCGGUGGACAACGGAAUUGGCAACGCAUUGUGAGAAGUGGUCAGUUGAGGAAUAUCCGGGCUGCUCCAGUCCCGAUCAGGAGUGAUGAGGCGUUGUAUAUCAUCUACACUAGUGGAACGACCGGUCUCCCUAAAGGUGUUGUACGCGAAGCUGGAGGACAUGCAGUCGGGCUAAGUUUAUCGAUAAAGUAUCUAUUCGGCCUCAAAGGACCUGGAGACGUCAUGUUCUGUGCCUCUGACAUUGGCUGGGUUGUCGGACACUCAUACAUCUUAUACGGACCACUUCUCGUCGGAGCGACGACAGUCAUGUUCGAAGGCAAACCCGUGGGAACCCCAGAUGCCGGCACAUUCUGGAGAGUAAUCGAACGAACCAAAGCCAAUGUACUUUUCACAGCGCCCACUGCUCUACGCGCAAUUCGCAAAGACGAUCCAGACAACAAAUAUUUCAAGGAAGUUGGAAGCCGCGGAGGACUCAAAACCCUGAGAGCAUUGUUUCUGGCAGGUGAACGUAGUGAGCCUAGCAUUGUACAGAACUUUCAGGAUCUACUCACAAAGCAGGCAGCGCCUGGUGCAGUGGUGAUUGAUAAUUGGUGGUCAUCAGAAUCAGGCUCUCCGAUUACAGGAUUAGCACUGCGAGGAGACCUGGGCUAUACACCAACAACAAAACAAGAGCAACACCGACCUCCUCUGUCUAUCAAGCCUGGUUCAGCUGGAAAGCCCAUGCCUGGCUUCGAUGUCCGUGUCGUCGAUGAUGAGGGACAGGAAGUUAAGAAAGGCACAAUGGGCAAUAUCGUUUUGGCCAUCCCCCUAGCGCCAACAGCAUUUAGGACUCUGUUCAAUGAUGAGGAGAGGUUUUAUAAGAGCUAUCUACUACGAUUCAACGGACGAUGGAUUGACACCGGUGACGCCGGCAUGAUCGAUAAAGACGGAUACGUACAUGUUAUGUCUCGAUCUGACGAUAUCAUCAACGUUGCAGCACAUCGAUUCAGCACAGGUGCAAUCGAGCAAGCUGUCCUCUCCCACCCGCUCAUCGGCGAAGCAAGCGUAAUCGGCAUCCCAGACCCAAUCAAGGGCCACCUCCCCUUUGCAUUCGUGCAACCUCGCCAAUCUGCCAACAUAAACGGCAACAAUGGAACAAUACCAGCAACGCCUCCAACACAGCUCUUCAAUGAAGUCAACGCUCUCGUCCGCGACCAAAUUGGCGCCAUCGCCUCGCUGGGUGGAAUCAUCCAAGGUGUCGGCAUGAUACCCAAGACGAGGAGUGGGAAGACCUUGCGACGAGUGUUGAGGGAACUGGUUGAGAAUGCGGUUAUUCAUGGUGACUAUGAGAGGAAAGUCAAUGUGCCGCCUACGAUCGAGGAUGCGGAAGUUAUCCAGGUUGCGAGGAAGAGGGUGAAGGAGUAUUUUGAGAGGAGGGCGAGGGUGAAGAGCAUAGAAGGGAAGACGAAACUAUGA